AUGGUUAUCGUGUCCUGGAGGAUGAAUCACCUAAAGGCCGGUUUGUCUCUGCUGCAGGUUGCACUGCUGAUCAUGGCCAGAGCUGGAGCAGAGGACUGCGAGGAGGGGGAGUACUUACACGAAGGUCGCUGCUGCGUGUUGUGUCCAGCAGGUACUUAUGUUGCUGAGCACUGCAGCACUCCGCAUCUGAGAGGAAGAUGCUACCCUUGCAUGGAAGGAGAGGGUUACACCGCCCACGAGAACGGCUUGGAAGAAUGUUUGCCCUGCAGGCAGUGCAAAGAUGAUCAGAUAACUUUGAGACCCUGUACUCUGACACAGGAUACUGAAUGCCAGUGCAAACAAGGGUAUUUCUGCCCUGCUGAGGGCUGUGAAAUAUGUCAGAAAUGCAGUACAAUGUGUCCAGAAGGGAAAGAAAUUGUGCAGAACUGCAAUGCUACUAUGGACCUAGGAUGUGGCUUACCUGAUCAAGGAAGCACAGCUCUUGUUUGGAUUAUUGUGAUUAUUUUGGUUGGUGGUGGUUUGUUGCUGUUCUUUGUAAUUAGAAAGCUGAAGAGUGAUAAAGCUGCUUCAACUGAUAAAGAUAUAGAGAAAGGUCUGGAGUCUGAGGGUAGUACUGAAAGCCUCAUUUUACCAGAAGUGGAGACACCUGCCAAUAACACAGCCAACCCAGAGGGUGAGAACUCUGGUGAGACCCCAGAGGACCAAGCGCAAACCAAUGUUAACUUGGAAAUGAAAAACACAUCACCAGAGGAAAAUGGUGUUGCACUUCUUGAGCAGGGCACCAUACUGCACGGGGGCUGGAGGAGGAUCAUUGAGUCCUCGCUACCAGGAAAAGCUGGGCAGAAUCCUGGUUUUCAUCAGAAUGCCCUGUCUGAAGUACCAGGUGGUAGGAUGCCAGCAAACCACAUGGUACGAGAACCAAAGUGUCGAAUAACUGUUAAAGAUCUCUCUCAAAAAGAACUGAGAGAGAGCUUUUGGACCUUUAUAAAUCAAGUACCACUGAAAAAAUGGAAGCGGCUUAUGAGAACUCAUCUGCAGGAAAAUGAUAUAGUUAACAUUACUUAUAACUUUCCUAAUGAUAUAGAAGAACAAUCUUAUCAGAUGCUUCUCACCUGGAAAAACACACUGGGAGAGAAACAAUCUAUUAUUAAGUUACUGGAAGAGCUAAGGUACAUAGAUACCAAGGCUUACGAUAAUGUAUUGAACACUUUAAAAAGUAAUAACAUUAUAAGUAAAUUAGAAGCUACAGAUUAA